CUGUAUUGUCUUUGGUGCUGAAACUUGAAGGCAAUACUGUUGCACAAUGGGCUCCAUUGGUCCAGUGAGCACAGAAGUUUGCUGUGACAUAUUCAGGGAGCUGAGAAGCCAGAGUGUCCAGGAGAAUGUCUGCUACUCCCCUCUGCUCAUCAUUUCAACCCUCUCCAUGGUCUACAUAGGCGCAAAAGAUAACACCAAGGCUCAGAUAGAAAAGGCUAUCCACUUUGAUAAAAUCCCAGGAUUUGGAGAGAGUGCUGAAACUCAGUGCGGCACAUCUGGGAGCAUCCACGCUUCACUUAAGGACAUCUUCACCCAAAUCACCAAACCAAGUGACAAUUAUUCAAUCAGCAUUGCCAGAAGACUUUAUGCGGAAGAGAAAUACCCAAUUCUGCCAGAAUACAUACAAUGUGUAAAGGAACUGUACAAGGGAGGUUUGGAAUCUAUCAGCUUUCAAACAGCUGCAGAAAAAUCCAGAGAGCUCAUAAAUUCCUGGGUUGAAAGUCAGACAAAUGGGACGAUCAGAAAUAUCCUUCGACCAAGCUCUGUCAGUUCACAAACUGACAUGGUCCUGGUCAGCGCCAUCUACUUCAAAGGACUGUGGGAGAAAGCAUUCAAGCAAGAAGACACCCAGACAGUUCCUUUCAGAAUUACUGAGCAAGAAAGCAAACCUGUGCAGAUGAUGUCUCAGAUUGGUACAUUUAAAGUGGCAGAGAUCCCUUCUGAGAAAUGUAGGAUCCUGGAGCUUCCAUACGCCAGUGGACGGCUGAGCCUGUGGGUGCUGUUGCCUGAUGACAUCUCUGGCCUGGAGCAGCUUGAGACUGCAAUCACCCCUGAAAAUCUCAAGGAGUGGACCAGUUCUCGUAAAAUGGAAGAGAGGAAAAUUAAAGUUUAUCUCCCCCGCAUGAAGAUUGAGGAGAAAUAUAACCUCACAUCUGUCUUAAAAUCCUUGGGUAUCACCGACCUGUUCAGUUCAUCAGCCAAUCUCUCUGGCAUCUCCUCAGCAGAGAGCCUGAAGGUGUCUGGAGCAUUCCAUGAGGCAUUUGUGGAGAUCUAUGAAGCGGGCAGUAAGGCUGCAAGCUCAUCAGAAGCUGGGGUAGAUGACACAAGUGUCUCUGAAGAGAUUAGGGCUGACCACCCUUUCCUCUUCUUGAUCAAGCACAACCCAAGUGACAGCAUCUUGUUCUUUGGCAGAUGCUUUUUCCCUUAAAGAGAGGAAAGCUGAAAGAGCUUCUGUCCCUCACAGCAAGACCCAAAGUGCUGCAGUAUCGAGGGUAAAAAGAAACACAAACUUUCUGUUUUAUCCAUAUUUUCUAAAACCA